ACGUGAGAAGCUGCGCAGCCUAUUAUCGUGAGAUUUCGGGAGUCCCGCGGCCGCCGUUCUCAGCCGCCUGUGUCACAACGUGCCGAAACACCUCAGCCAACCUGACGGCGAACGCCUCAGAAACCUUGCCCCUUUGUCUGGAGCAGAUGCGACCAGCCCUGAAACCCGUCCGCCUCGCGGGGGACCCUGCCUCACUGUUUCUGCUCACAGCAGCUCCUCAAACCGAAGAUGUUUCGUGUCCUGAGUUUCUCACUCAUCGCCUCAGUUCGAGCGUUUGUCGUGGUGGAGGCUGGCAGGGAUGCUGAGCUCUGUCACGAAAGCUUUAGCGUUAGCUAGCUGACGAAAUAGGGAAUAGGACUGUCGGGCAGCCUGUGACCUGAUUGUGAAGGACUUGAGGUCUGAGAGUUUCAGCUACAGAGAUGCUCUGAACCCACUGCCUGUGCUCAGCCAGAAGGCCGAUUGUAGCUUCGUCCCCAACUUUUUUGGGGACGUGUUGCUUCAGUGCUGUAUGUCCGUCUCUCAGCUACAACCGUUUUAAAGGUGACUCAGCUGUUUGGAGCUCAUGUCAGACUAUUUUUACCCCUGGCUGUUAAAGCUCGAGUGUCACCAAAGCCUUCUGAGAGGUUUUUCCGAGAGUGUGGAGCUGGGAUCCCUGCACUGUUUUGGGGCUUGUUGUGCAAAACCAGGCUACACUCAAGCUUUGUGUUGAAGGUUUAGUGUAGGCCUAGAGCAAUGUGUAUAAAACCAGAGCCUCCCCAUUUCUUAAUGCAGAUGGGUUUUAGAAUAACCAGCAACCAACAAAGCUUUUUAUUUCAAAAUCUCUAAUAUUUGUACACACUUCUUCUUCGCUCUUAAACCAGAGGCCCGCUGAUGGUGUUUGGUGUAUACCCAGUCCUUGAGGUGUCCCAUAAUAUUAGACUUUCUGUUUGUUUGGUCCCAGAAAUCUUGAAAUUCUGACCAGCUCGCUUAACACAGGAGCGGUUAGACAGCUACAGAUGUAUCUAUAAAAAACAAGGCAAGAUUCAUCAUCACUGUCCAAAAAAAAAGCAAACCAAACUACCAAAAAAGUAUCUCCAAAUUACUAAAUAGUACUUUUAAAGGAAAAGACAAAGAAAGUAUUUACUUUUACUGGAAGUUAAUGUUAAAAUAUUUUAUUACAAGUCAUUUUGGAGCUUUUACGAGUCUGUUCUUCAUACUUUCAUAUAAUAUAAAGGGCCGCGUCUGUGUUCAUAUAAUGUAGAAACAGGGAGAGUCUUUUUUCCCCCAACAGCAGUGAUAUGUAACUUUUUGAUAUUUCUUAAUGACUUGUUUUUCUGAUUUCCGAACGUAAGCCUGUCAUGAACAGAUUUGCUGGCUCCAAGCUUUGAAUGAGCAUGUCUGGAGUCUGAAGGUGGGCUGUAUGUGUGUAUGAACACAUUCCUAGGCUUCGGAAGAGAACACGUGGAGAGACAUUACCGUAAGACUGGACAGAGCGUGUACAUGCAUCUAAAGCGUCACGUUAAAGAGAAAGCUACAGGUGCUGCUGGAGGUGCUGUCCCAAGAAGACGGAAUGGAAAAGUGUUUUUAGAUUUAGAACUUAACCGUGAUUUUAAUGGGGAUGAUUAUGAAUAUGAAGAUGAAGCCAAGCUUGUCAUAUUCCCAGACCACUAUGAGAUUCCUUUACCAAAUAUUGAGGAGUUGCCUGCACUGGUGACCAUUGCUUGUGAUGCUGUACUAAAUGCUGGAUCUGCAUACAAAAAGCAAGAGUCAGAUUCUUGGGAAGAGGAGCUUCAAGUGUCCAAACAUGCCAGAAGUCUCAGACAACAAGAGAACGGGGUUCGAAUUCCCCCCAGUGGCUGGAAGUGUGCCAAGUGCGAAAUGAGAGAGAACCUGUGGCUGAACCUGACGGAUGGCUCGGUCCUCUGUGGGAAAUGGUUCUUUGAUGGAAGUGGAGGGAACGGACAUGCCCUCGAGCACUACAGAGAAACCAAAUUCCCUUUGGCAGUCAAACUAGACACCAUCACCCCAGAUGGAGCAGACAUUUAUUCCUUUGAUGAAGAAGAGGCAGUACUGGACCCUCACAUAUCAGAACACUUGACACACUUUGGAAUAGAUAUGUUGAAAAUGCAAAGGACAGAGAAUGGCCACCACACAGAUAACCACAUGCAGUCACGAGCCAGUGAGUGGGAGGUGAUUCAGGAAUCCAACCUGAAGCUAAAGGCGGUUUAUGGUUCAGGCUAUACAGGCUUCAAAAACCUGGGCAACAGCUGCUACCUCAGCACCACUAUGCAAGUUCUCUUCAGCAUCCCAGAGUUCCAGAGAGCGUAUGUGGGGAAUCUACAGAGAAUAUUUGACUACUCCCCACUUGAUCCUACCCAAGACUUCAGUACGCAGAUGGCAAAACUGGGUCAUGGACUUCUAUCAGGCCAGUAUUCCAAACCUCCAAUCAAAUCAGAACUCAUUGAACAGGUGAUGAAAGAAGAAUACAAGCAGCAGCACAGAGGAAUUUCUCCAAAAAUGUUCAAGGCUCUGGUCAGCAAGGGCCACCCAGAAUUCUCCUCAAACAGACAACAAGAUGCCCAUGAAUUUUUCCUGCAUGUCAUCAGUGUGGUACAGAGGAAUAGUGCUGGAUCGGAGAAUCCCAGCGAUGUGUUCCGGUUUAUCGUAGAAGAACGUGUGCAGUGCUGUCAGUCACAGAAGGUGCGCUACACCCAAAGAGUGGACUACCUUAUGCAGCUUCCUGUGCCCAUGGAGGCUGCCACCAACAGAGAAGAGCUGAUAGCAUAUGAGGCAAAGCGGAAGGAUGCUGAGGAGAACAUGCGGGCCCCUCCAGAGCCUGUGAGGGCUCGUGUCCCCUUCACUGCGUGCCUACAGGCCUUCACGGAGCCUGAGAACGUUCCAGACUUCUGGAGCUCUGCACUGCAGGCCAAGUCAGCUGGAGUGAAGACUUCUCGUUUUGGUUCCUUCCCUGACUACAUGGUUGUACAGCUCAAAAAGUUCACUUUUGGAGUCGAUUGGGUUCCAAAAAAGUUAGAUGUUUCUGUAGAUGUGCCUGAUUUUUUGGACUUGAAUCGGCUCCGGGCCACAGGAUUACAAGCUGGUGAAGAAGAGCUCCCUGACCUUACGCCCCCUAUUGUCAUUCCUGAGGACACAAGAGACAGCUCGAUGAAUAAUUCUUUGGAAUCUCCAGAAAUAGACGAGUCCUCCGUGAUGCAGUUGGCAGAGAUGGGCUUUCCCCUGGAGGCCUGCCGGAAGGCAGUGUACUACACUGGGAACAUGGGAGCUGAAAUGGCCUUUAAUUGGAUCAUCGCUCACAUGGAGGAGCCAGACUUUGCAGAGCCUCUCGCGAUUCCUUCAUACAUGGAGCCUGACCUGCCCAGUCCCAGCCUCCCCACUGCCAGCCCUCUGGACAACCAGCCGCCUGAGGAGAGCAUUGCCAUCCUCACCUCCAUGGGCUUCCCCAGACACCACACCAUCCAGGCCCUCAAAGCCACAAAUAAUAACUUGGAGCGGGCGCUGGACUGGAUCUUCACCCACCCGGAGAGUGAGGAGGAGAGUGAGGCCAUGUCAGACAUGGCUGAUACGGAGCCCAAUGACACCAGCUUCUCAAAUGCCAAUGCACACAGUGACUCCACUCUGUCCCCAGACCAGGAGCUGUCAAGUCCCCGUGUCCGAGAUGGCCCUGGACGAUAUGAACUCUUUGCUUUCAUAAGUCACAUGGGAACAUCCACAAUGUCUGGUCAUUAUGUAUGUCAUAUCAAAAAGGAAGGAAGAUGGGUGAUUUACAAUGAUCACAAAGUAUGUUUGUCAGAAAGGCCCCCCAAAAAUUUAGGCUACAUUUACUUUUACCGACGCCUGUCCAGCUGCUAGACCUGCACCUUCCCAACCGUAGAGCUGCACAGCUUGCGGGGCGCACAGGAGGAGGAGGAGGAGGAGGAGGACACCACUGACACUGCUGGACUCCCGAGAGCCAUUCACAUGGAAGAGACGGAGAGAGGAACCCUCACACCCCACCAAGACCAGCUCAAAGCUCACUACAAUACAGGCAUGGUCAGAGAGGGGGAAUGAAUGUGUUUGUUCAGCUUGCGUGAUUGGUUAUUUCUUUAUUGUUACUUUGUUGAGAGUGGCAUAUAUUCUGUACUAGAGGUACAGAGGGAUGUGUGCAAUUUUGAAAUAUGCAGAUUAAUGUCCUAAUAUAUACUCAAAGAUUUCUUUUCUCUUUCUAUGCCUUGAGUUACUGUGCCAGUAUUUUUCAAGUGGUACAUACUUCGUAUUUUUUUCCCCUUUAUUUUGGAAAAUAUACACGUGUGCCUGGAUGUGGAAGUAUCGCUACUGCCAGCCCCACGUACUGCUCUAAACGCUACUUUGAAUUACAUUUUUUGGAUGAGCACUGGAACACAUUACUGUGUACUGCACAAGGAAAGGAAAGCAGGCAAAAUGGAAUCAAGGUACCAUAAUGUCGUGCACAACUACUCACCGAUGGCUCAAGCAGAGGAAGACUGACUUGAAGGAAGAAGGAGUAUGUGUUUCUUUGUAGGAAUGAACCAAUGCACUGGAACAGUAUCCUUACAUAUCUUUUGAUGUUUUGAUUGAUACAAGCUGAUUUAUUUUAUAUCCUGGAAAACUUCAGCACAGUGGGAAUACAAUAAGUCAUGCAGGUUGACAUCUAGGUCAGUGUUAUAUGAUGGGAAAAUGUACCAAUGAUUUUUUUUUUUUUUUUUUUUUUUUUUUUUUUUUUUUUUUUGUGCAAUAGUAAAGUGCUUUACUCUCAUGACCUCUUCCAGCUUCUCUGGCUGGACAGGUCUAAUUCAUCAAAGCUGAAGUUUUUUUUUUUUUUUUCUUUUCCAUCUCAGUUUAUUCUCCCUUAUAACAUAUAGCGACAGAUUAUUUGUAUCCAAUAACUAAGCAAUAUGUAGUGACAAGUUGAUCUGAAUUCCUAAUAUCAUAUGCAGCGUUUUACAUAAAACUCAGAUAUCAGUCUUUUUCAGAUAUUACAGUGCCGUGCACAUUGAAUGUACUCUCUAUGGUGCUCAGUAAUACCAAAUCGUUCUCAAGCUUUAUGAUUUUUUGAGUCUCUUCUUUUUCCCCCUCUGUUCCUCCCAAAAGUAUAAAGGAAGAUGCAUAUGAGGAAUGGAUAUUGUUUUCUCUCUUGACCCCAGGAAAACCCCAACUAUACUGGCCAUAAAUAGUUCAUCUAUGGGACGUUUGCCCAAAAUACACAAUUCAGCACACAAGGAAAGGUUCCUUUGAUACAGUGCAGCUUGCUUCUCUCACUUUCUUGCUCUUUUUCUCCUCUCGUUCUCUGUCUUUCACUCUUAUUUGAAAGGGUAGCUGGAAAGCUAAAGAACAAGGCAUACUUAUGCUGUACGUCUCUGCGGUCUUCCCGUCUUCCCUUUUCUCUUAGGAGGCCUCUGUAGGCUGACACUCUGAUCGCCUCCUUCUCAAACAUGCCUUGAUAUAAUUAGCUUGUGCACUAAUGUUCGGAAGUUAGCCAGUUGAUGUUUUGAAUUGUAUAGUUGAUCUUUUGUGGUUCAUCUGUUUCUUCGUUUUUUGUUUUUUUUUUCAUGGAAGUGAAUGCCAAGUGGUACAAGUUUUUAUUUCUUUUUUUUUUUUUUUUUUUUUGCAAAAAGAAGUGUGCCAACUCCUAUAGUUACAAUACAAAUUUCCACAGAUUGUGUAAGGUCUUCUGUAAUGGAUUGUUCUAUUCAAAUAUGACUUACAACAGAACUUUAUGAAGGGCAAAAGUGGGCACGUUCACAGUACCAAUCUUUGCAAUUGAACUCCUUACUCAUGUUUGGAUUAUUCAAUAAACCACAUGAUUGUUGAUUUA